AUGGAUCUAACCCAGCUGAGUGUGCUGGUGGAAAACGUCUCCAGCGAUGAAAACGCCACCGACGCAGCGCGCUCCCUGCCCUACACCGAGGCAGCCGCGGGACUCAUCAUCCUUGUGGUGAUUGUGAUCAUCACCGUGACUAUUGUUGGCAACGUGCUGGUGAUCGUGGCUGUGCUCACGAGCCGGGCUCUCCGCGCGCCCCAGAACCUCUUCCUGGUCUCCCUGGCCUCCGCGGACAUCCUGGUGGCCACGCUGGUCAUCCCCUUCUCCUUGGUGAAUGAGGUCAUGGGUUAUUGGUACUUCGGCAGCACUUGGUGCGCCUUCUACUUAGCCCUGGAUGUUCUGUUCUGCACCUCAUCCAUCGUGCACCUGUGCGCCAUCAGCCUGGACCGCUACUGGUCCGUGACCAAGGCGGUGAGCUACAACCUGAAGCGCACUCCGAGGCGCAUCAAGUCCAUGAUCUCCGUGGUGUGGGUCAUAUCCGCCAUCAUCUCCUUCCCGCCUCUCCUCAUGACCAAACACGACGAGUGGGAGUGCGAGCUGAACGACGAGACCUGGUACAUCCUCUCCUCCUGCCUGGUGUCCUUCUUCGCUCCGGGGCUCAUCAUGAUCCUGGUCUACUGCAAGAUCUACAAGGUGGCCAAGCAGCGCUCCUCCACCACGUGCUUUGUCCGGAAGGAGCGCUUCGAGGGGGAGAGCCCGAGCAGCCAGAGCUCCGGGAGCCAGCAGCAGGAGCAGCGGCGGCGGGGGGAGCUGGACGACAUCGACCUGGAGGAGAGCUGCUACUCCUCCUCGGACACCAAGCCGCGGCACCACCGCUUCACCAAGCGCAGGAAGGUGGAGGGCUCGGACUGCUGCCCGCCGCAGAGCUGCCGCCUCUCCUGGGCUUCGGCGCGCGUCCUGCAGCCAGAGCCGAACCGGAACCCGGCGGAGCGGCUGCAGCUGGCCGCGACCAACAAAACCAAGGUGGCCCAGAUGCGCGAGAAGCGCUUCACGUUCGUGCUGGCGGUGGUGAUGGGGGUGUUCGUGCUCUGCUGGUUCCCCUUCUUCUUCACCUACAGCCUGCACGCCGUCUGCAGGAGCAGCUGCCACAUCCCCGACGCGCUUUUCAAACUUUUCUUCUGGAUCGGCUACUGCAACAGCUCCGUGAACCCCAUCAUCUACACCAUCUUCAACAGGGACUUCAGGAGAGCCUUCAAGAAAAUCAUAUGCAGAACUGCAAGGCGCACAUAAGGAACCUAUAGAUCAUCAGAACUCCCAGGGUCCCCCGUCGUUCAUGUAUCUAUCCUGUACCUCAUUUAACUGUGUGAAUAAAAGUCAUGCUAA